AUGACGAGUCCUGCCACCAGCCCACCGAGCGAGCCAUGCUCGGUUGCAAAGGAGGAGCAGGCAUCAAGCCUUGUGGCGAUACCAGAGAAAUCACCAGCAAGUGCAGUCACACAGCCGCCGCCCUAUACGGCCUUCUCUCGCCCGAGGAGAGUGUUCAUUCUCGCGGUGGUGACAGUGGCCGGCUUCUUGGGUCCAUUGGCAGGAAACAUUUACCUCCCUGCCUUGCCUGUUUUAGAACAUGAGUUUCAAGUAAGCACUGCAGCUAUCAAUGCGACCGUUUCCGUAUUCAUGGCGGUGUUCGGCUUCGGUCCCCUCUUUUGGUCAAGCUAUGCGGAUUGGAAGGGACGAAGACCGUUGUACUUGAUCUCUCUAGUAGUAUAUAUCAUCGCAAAUGUUUUAAUGGCUGUGCUUCCGACAAGCUUUGGGGCUCUGGUGUUUCUGCGCAUCGUCCAGGCGUUCGGCUCAUCGGCUGUCGUGUCAAUGGGUGCUGGUACAGUCGCUGAUAUCACGGAGCCCAAGCGACGUGCCCGGGCCAUGUCCUACUUCAUGCUGGGCCCUCAGUGCGGUCCUAUUUUGGGCCCGAUUCUGGGAGGUGCAAUCGUUGGUCAAGCAAGCUGGAGAUGGAUUUUCGCAUUCUUGGCAAUUAUGGCGGUUGCGCUUUGGCUCGUCAUGCUUCUAUUCCAGCCGGAGACCCUUCGCGCCCGUGUAGGCAACGGAAAGCCGUAUAGUGAUAAAGGUUGGAUCCUAUGGCCUCCCAACCCACUCUCCUGUCUCGCCCCCGAGCCCGAACGCGGACCUCCUCCCCCGAAACCUACCCUAAAAGGCUACUGGCGCCUUUUCACCUAUCCUCCCAUCGGCAUCGUCUCUGUCAAUACCGCCAUUCUUUAUUCGUCAUAUUUCGGGAUCGCGGUCCAGCUUCCUACAGCACUGGAGAAUGUAUAUCACUGGAGCUCAACGGAGGUCGGAGCUGGAUACCUUGCCGUUGGCGUUGCGAUGAUUGUCGGCUCCAUUGCUGGCGGUCGAUGGUCUGACUGGCGUCGAGCUCGCAUGGUCAAGGCGCUUGGAGACGAUAAGGUCACACCGGAGGCCAGGCUUCGGGACCAGAUUGAAGGCAUAAUACUUUGUGCCGCCGGUCUAGUAAUGUUUGGCUGGUUCGUGCAUAGGGCAACUCAUCCGGCAGCAGUGCUAGUGUCGACAUUUCUGGUGUUCUCUGACGCAGGAGAGAGCAGUUCCAACCUUGGAGUUGAAGAUGAAAGAAGAAAAGCCCUACUCCAAUCGUUUACGGCGGAGGAGGACAAGCGAAUCCGGAGGAAGAUUGAUAGGCGGUUCUUAUUUUUGAUCGGCAUGAUGUACAUUAUCAAAACAUCGCGAAUUAUGUUAACUUGGGGUAUUGUGCUCGCCUGUCAUGCAGCAGCAAAGAAUAAAGAAACUCUCUGGGCACUACGUUUCCUCCUUGGGAUGUGCGAAGCAGGCAUGUUUCCAGGUAUAGCUGCCCAGCUAUGCGGCUGGUACCGCAGCGAUGAGAUGGGCAAGCCCAUCAUGUGGAUGUUCGGUUUCCAGAAUACGUCCGGAAUUGUAGGUUCGCUAUUAGCAUAUGGAAUAUCAUACAUGAACGGGUUACGUGGAAUGAGUGCAUGGCGAUGGGUCUAUUUAUUAGAAGGCCUAUUUACCAUCCUUUUCUCCGGAGUCAUCUACCUUGUCCUUCCAGACUGGCCCAAGUCUCCUAGGACUGGAAAGUGGCUUUCGGAACGAGAACAAGACUAUGUCGAAGCACGACUAUCAGAGAAUGCACCCAAGACAGCAGACUCCGACUUUUGCAAAGAAGAAGUGAUCGCAUCACUCAAGGAUCCGCGAACCUAUGCCUUCAUGCUAUCCCAGGUUCUCGUCAAUUUUUCAGGAUACGCCUUAACAUGGGAGCUUCCCACGAUCACCACCAGUCUUGGGUUUGCGGGGCUUCCACGCAAUCAGUUGCUUAAUAUCCCGCCAUCUGCGGCGGCAGUCCUAGCGAUUAUCUUCUCAGGCUGGUUCCUGAAACAGGCAUACCUGACUCGCCCUGCGUACACCAUGUUCUGUAUUAUGGGACCAAUGCUUGUGUGUUUCAUCUUGCUAACAGUUUUGGAAUCCCGCGUUGGAAUCUAUAUCUCGUGCGUGUUGGGCAAUAUGUUCUAUUCGGUAUAUUUCAUUCCGUUCUGGGCAUGGCGAACAUCUUCCCUAAAAGGGACUACCGGCGCCGCAUUCACAUUAGCAUUCCAGUCCUGCGUUGGCCAAGUUGGCGGCGUUAUCGGACCACAACUUUUUCAAUCCAAAUUUGCCUACAACGGAUACAAGACACCAUUCGGUAUUUGUGCCGGUGUGAUUGGUGCAGCCUGUCUAGCGAACCUGUGGACAUGGUGGUUGACCAGGAAUGUUGAGUGGGAUGUCCGUAGAAUCCGUCGGUUAAGAAUUAAGGAAGAGAAGCAGGGCCGUAUCUAUGCCGAUGACGAUGUUAAGGUCUAUGAGGAGCGGCAGUUCUACAAGGGAGUUACGAAGAAAGGAUCUGAGACCCAUGUGGUUGAGACAGUUUAA